AUGGCACUGAUGAACGUGCAUUUCGCGACUGUUCGGUGUCGACAUCAAUACAGUUGCCUUAGGAAGAUGAUAUCGAGCCCCGACUCCCUUAAAUGGAAGGAUAUCGAGCUUUACAUAGUGAAAUACCCAGAGAACCCAGCAUGUCAGACGCUUCUUAUAAGGGUUAAGCACCGGCUUAACAAAGGAAAAAGAAACAAGGGUAUCGCCCCAGUCUUCAUGUAUACCGAAAGAAAUGACAACCUUGGCCUAUAUAUUAUUCAAGACAUAUUGGAAUUUGCCUUUCGCGAUGAUACAUUUGCUAGCAAAUAUAUCAAAGAGCCGAGGGAUGUCUGGCGCUACACGCAUGUGCUAAACCACCAACUCGGCACCCCUAUUCAUUUUAAGGUGGAAGUCCAAGAGAUCCCGGUAUUUCGUCGUGUGGUAAAGUUAGACGGAUCCAAGGACCUUAGUUCUUUAUAUAAAUAUCACAAAGGAGCUGCUGCAAACCUUAGGCACUUGGAUAAACACUCUAGAAAUAUUAUCAUAGGCCAUAGCCGCAGUCACACAUUUGUAUACUAUAUUCAGGUCCAGGACAAUACCCAAUCCGCCUUUAUAAAUACCCCUACUAGGGACGCUUUGAUAAAGCUGGUAACAAAUUUAAAUUUAACCCGAGACGCGUCUGUGCCGCAACACCUAAGUAAUAAAAAGAAACAAGAGAUUAAAAACUGCAUCGUCGAGGGAAAUUACAAGAGACAAUCCCUUACCUUCGAGCUCGAUAUAUCUCAUAUUAUUCCGGAGAGAAAAGCUCUUGUAGACCUUGAAUUUAAAAAUCGGGAUAUAGAUAAGAUCAGUGACGCUAAGCUGUUUGAGGAUUGUAUCCAGUCCCUUGAGAUGCGACUCGGUCUCUAUUAUUUGGGGGUACCGAAAAUACUGCACUUCGAAACGCACAACUUGAAAUCGAAGUUCCCAAAUGGGCGUACGUGUGAUUAUCCUGGAUGCGAGGAGGUCUUCUAUACCCUUCCCAAGUAUAAACUUUAUUUGGAUAUGGUACACAAGAUUUCUCUAUAG